GUAAUAUGGCGCCCGGUACCUACUGAACGUUGUUGCCCCGCUCUUUUUACUCGGAAGUUGAUUUAUCAUACAGCAUAAAGUCACCAUAAUUGUAUCUUUGCGUGUUCAGAUUUUCUCAGUGAGUCUUUCUCUCCAGAAGAAACGCUUUUAGCUCGUUUUUUAUUUUAACUUUGUCUCAAACGAAACCGUCGCCUAUAGCGCGAAAAUGUCCGAAGUUGAAGUAAUAAAGGUGCUGGUGAAUCAGCGGCUGACUGCAGUGGCUGAAGAGAUAGUGGGACUGUUUGAGAAAACCUUUGCAGAGUACCGGGACAAUGUGGCUCGCUUGGUGGAGGAAACGGAGCGACAGCGCAGGCUGCUGGAAUCCGUAAAAACCCCGGGAGCUCCCUCACCACACACAGAAUCCCAGCAGACGUUGGAAAUAAAAGACACAGCACCGAAACAACAAACUUUGGGAGUGAGCUUGAACCAUGAGCACAUAGGUGCUCACUACAUCAAAGAGGAACAGGAAGAAAUGUGGAGUAGCCAUGAGGGAGAGCAACUUCAAGCAGUGGAGACGUUCUCUUUGAGCUAUAUCCCUUUAAAGACUGAGAGCCGAGAGGAGCCGGAGGUCAACUCUCCAUACCUUGUGAAAUUGUUACGUGGAGACUUUCAGCCGCUGCAGAAGUGUAAUGAAGAGGUUCCGUCUCAGGAGCAUGAGUGGAGACCUGCUCUGAAAGAGGAGCCUCAAUGCUCACAAACUGAAGUGGAACAGGAGAAACUCAGGAGAGAGACACGUAUAGGACUGGGAGAGAAUUCAGUCACAGAGUUGCCAUUCAUUGCUGUAAAGAGGGAGGCUGAUGAAGAGGAAGCUUCGUCGGCUCAGCUUCACAACAACGCAGAGUCUUCAGACUGCCAGUCCACUGAACAUAUGCAAGUAGAGAGUGAUGGUGACGGCUGUGGAGGAGCAGAACCACUGACCAACGCAGCUAGUGACAAGACUUCUGACUCUUCAGACAGUGAGACUGAAGACAGCGAUGAUGACUGGAAAAGAAAUACAAAGCAGUCCUAUUUUAAAGUAGUGAUAGGUGAUAGAGUUGCUAACUCACAACCCGCCCAGAAGUUAGAUCCAACUCCAGUUAGUGAUGAGAAGACUUCUGAUUCAUCUGAAACUGAGACUGAGGACAGUGAUAAUGAUUUGAUGGAUAGCGAUAAAUCUAAGAAAGGUUCAACUAGCGUUAAAUUCAAACACGCUCUUGUUGCAAGCUCUUCAAAAAUGCAUACUGAGAAGAAAUCUGACUGUAGGCAGCAACUGAAAAAUCACACAGGUACACAAACGGCACAGAUUUCUAUCCAGGGUUCACAACUUGUUCUUCACAAAGCAAACUCAAGUAUGAGAACCAGUUCUGCAGAACGACUUUUAAGUGACUCCAAGAAACGUAAAAAAAGUGCAUCUCCGACGGCACAGAGCACCAAGGACAAAUCAUUCACAUGUUCAAGUUGUAAUAAAAGUUUCCAAAGGAAAGCACACAUGAUUCAACAUAUGAAAAUGCAUAAAGAGAAUCCUAACAUUAGUGGCGUAAACAAGCCAGUGUAGUAUCCAGGAAUGGCUUGUUUCAUUUUGUCCUUUUGUUAUCCAGGAACACUGUUAACCUUUCUCCUACUGUUAAGUGAAUGGCAUUGCAGCUAAUGAUAACCAACUGCCUGUUUAAGCAGAAUUUUCAGAAAUAAAAUAUUUUUUUAUUUUUGUUUUUUAAUGGACCCAAAGGUCAAUAAAAUGUAAAGAAUGUUACAAAGACAAGUGCAAAGCUACUGGUGGAGUUUUUUUUGUAAUCGCUGAGGCUGCAAAACCUGCCCAUUCAAUUCCUCAUUAGGAAGUUCACUCUGUUCUUUAGCUCGUCUGCACAGAGGAGCGAUGACCUUAUUCCAUGUUUUGUUCAUUUUCUUUUUCUUUUUUUGUACAUCUUCUGUCUAAAUUAAAUUUGUCAAAAGUUUGUGAGUAGUAUAAAUAGAAUAGACACCCGUCAUUUUACUAGGUACUGCUGUUCAACUGCUUGCUAACACAAAUGUCAGCCAUUACUUUCUUUACAUUCUUUUAACGCUUGUUUGUUGAAAGUGCUUUCUGGACUAGGGCACCGCUGAAGUUCAA